UAAUAUUUUUUAUGAAUAAAAUCGAUUCCUUAUUCAUAACCUAAAUGUCGUCAAUUGUUUUGCUAAAUGUUUUUACACUGAAAUCAUGUUUUAUGAAGCAUUUUUAGCCGGCAUAUGGGCUUCAGUUGGUAGUACUUUCGGAAAAUUAUCAGGAACCGCCAGUAUUGUAGGUGAUAGUUACAUCAUAUGGGGGGCGCUACUGGUGACUAUGGUGCUGGCCAACACGUGGGGCUGCCGACACUACCUCCGGUCACUUGACGCCGCCACCAACUCCGCAGCACCCACCGUCAUAUCAGCAGGCUCCAGUUAUGUGCUAUCGGGUGUUAUAGGUAUAACGCUGUUUGAAGAAGCUUCGUCCAUGACGUGGUGGGCUGGCGCCAUGUUGAUCGUGUUCGGCCUGGCCUUGGUCGCUCAGCCGAGGACCAAGAAAAAAGAACAAUGAGAAAUAAAGUAUAGUACGGGUACAUUCAGUGAUACAUAUUAAUUUAUGAUUAUAGUGUAUUUUUAAAUAACCUAGUUUAUUUAGCCUAUUCGUGUCGUAAAAAUAAUGUAUCUCAUUAAUAUUCUAAUAAAUGGGUAUUAUACGAAAUAUUGGGUGACUGGUAAUUAGUUAAGGAUAUUGAAACACGCGAUUGUAAUCAUGAUUUAGGUAGGCACCAACAACUUUCCUAAAGAAAUUUUGUCGUUUUGUUAUUGCGAUAAAAAUAAAACUAAGGAUUAUACAAAACAAAUAUUUGGAAAAGUAGUUUGUAAUCAUGAGUACAAUCACGUGUUUAAAUAUCGUUCACUAAUUACCAGUCCCCUAUAUUUACGACUAAGUGAUUGGUCAGUUUCAAAGUUACUAUGCACUUAAUUGAUGCGAAUAGGUUAUACUUUACCUAGCUAGCUAAGUAUUUAUAGUAUUUCUUUUCCUAAUUUUCACGUAAGUAAUAAUAAGACGAAAAGAGUACAACAGCUAAUUUAUAGUAGGUAGCUACAUUAAACUAGACUAGACUAGGUAUAUAUUUCCUUCAACAUCCACUAACACGUCAUACAAGGUAUUUUAAGAGCAACGUGUAUUGAAGAAUCGAACAAAUUGACUGUACUUUCAAGAUUUUAUAAGACUAGAGUAAUCUUGCUAUUUCUUCUGGCUUUAGGCUGAGCUUUUGACCAACCGUGUGAUCGUUUAGCGCUCCCUCGAGGACGCGGAUUGGCCAAGCAGUUAGUUUGUUCUUUUUAGGCAAUUGGUUAGUUUCCUAGGGCAAAAAUAUAUUUUUUUGACAUUUCAAUAUUAAUAUAUCCCAAAAUAAUCAUACUUUUAUUAAUUAAUUUGACGAUAUACUUACAGUAACUUUGAUCCACAUUCUACAACCAAUAGGAAUCCAGAACAAAAAGUACCUAUAUUAGAUUUUCAUUGGUCUAAAAGUUUGGGUCAAAAAAAUUAUGACAUCAUAAGUUGCGAUCUCCUAUAAAAUUCAUAGAAAAGUAAAGUAUUGCAUUUGACUAGUAGGAAACUACCGUAUUGUAUAUUUCUAUAUUAGAUAGUAUGUACCUAUAGUUGGGCCUUUAUAAAUGUGCGAACUGUCAUAGGUUUUUAUCAGAUCUCUCGCUCACACUUAAGCAAGUUGUGCGAGAUAGUCACAUUCUUUUGACGUGACAGUUCGCACGUUUGGAAUCACCCAACUAUAGUAUAUUUUUGCAUGCUUAGAUUAUUUUUUAACAUGAUUGUUAUGUAAAGCUGCUAUAGGACAUGAUUUAGUAUUUACUUUAAUCUUCCAAUUUGUACAAAUUAAAGUAUUAACUACAUAUUAUUGUGUUGCCAAUUUUUAUGCAGUAGGUACCUGUUUUCUACAAGAAGUUCAUGGGUUUUUGGCCGCGCUUAACCCUCCAUGGUAUAUAAUAUAAUAUCAUGAUCACUUUCCAUCUUUUUCAUCAAGCAGUAUCUAUGUAAAGCUAGCAAUAAUUAAACAUUCCUAAUAAAGGUUGGCACCAUUAGAUAUUUAACCUAUCUUUGUACCUAAUUAGCUGUUAGAUGCAGAAAAUAUGUAUUUACAGUUUCACAGUAUUAAAUACAUUUAUUUACAAAUACUA